CUGCAAACAUGCACCGUUGAGUGAGCGCCUUGCCAUGGUCGCCGCUGUGCCGCUGUGCGCAUGUCGCUGGUGCUAUGGGAGUCAUGCUUGCCUGUUGUAAGGAGGAGAAGAUGGAGGUCCGAAAGCGAUCGCAUUCCCAGGUGUCAAAGUCGCACGUGGAAGAGAACCAUAGCAAGGCCCGGGCCAACCUCUCCGUCAAGGCGGGGGCCUUCUCCAUCGGCGCCUUUGCGGCUUCCAACCGCGGGCAGCUCGAGGACUUCUACGAGGUGGAGACCAAGGUUAUUGGAGAAGGUUCCUACGGAUCUGUACAGAAAUGCAUGUACAAGGACACAGGGCAGUGGAGAGCCGUCAAGACAAUCAACAAGAAGUUGGUCAAGAACCCGGAACAAUUUAAAGAAGAGAUGACAAUCAUGAAGCUCCUGGACCAUCCGAACAUCGUUCGCUUGCACGAGACCUUCGACGACGAGCGCAACGUUUACCUCGUGUUGGAGAUCUGCAACGGCGGAGAGCUCUUCGACCGCAUCGUGGCGGACGGGAAGUUCACGGAGAAGGCGGCCGCCUUUUGUGUCCAGCAGAUGCUUCGAGCCGUGAACUACAUGCACCUCAAUUGUAUCAUGCAUCGGGACCUCAAGCCCGAGAACUGGCUCCUCGCGGAGACGGAAGCGAUCGAAAAGACCUCGCUGAAGCUGAUCGACUUCGGGCUAUCCAAGCGCUUUGCCCCGGGAGAGUUUGCUCUCACAAAGGCGGGAACUCCGUACUAUGUAGCCCCUGAGGUGCUUUCUGGUCGCUACAACGAGCUCAGUGAUGUGUGGAGCAUUGGUGUGAUCAUGUACAUCCUGCUCAGCGGAUCGCCGCCUUUCGCGGGCAAGGACACCACAGAGGUUUUGGAGGCCGUGCGACGGGCCGAGCUCACCUUCGAUCAGAAGGAGUGGAAGGCCAUCUCCCAGGAGGCUCAAAACAUGCUGAAGGUGCUCCUGACGAAGGAUCCAAGGGCGAGGGUCAGCGCUGAUGCGGCCCUGAAGGAGGAGUGGCUCACCAAGCAGCACACCGCGUCUCAAGAUCUGGUCCAAGCUUCACAGGUUGUCGUGCAGAAUCUGAAAAGCUUUGCAGUGAUGAACAAGCUGAAGAAGGCAGCGCUGAACGUCAUUGCCACUCAGCUUACAGAUGAUGCCAUCAAAGACCUCAAGGAGCUCUUCAUGGCCAUGGACGACAACAACGAUGGCACGCUGAGCGUGGGCGAGCUGAGGGAAGGCCUCGAGAAGGCCGGCGUUGCCGUGCCUGCAGACCUGGCCGCGAUGAUGGAGAGGAUCGACACAGACGGCAGUGGUGUGAUCGACUACUCAGAGUUCAUGGCUGCGACUUUAGACAAGCGCGAGUGGGUUGCCGAGGAUGCCUGUUGGCGUGCCUUCAAGACCUUCGAUCAAGAUGGGAGCGGCAGCAUCGACAAGGAGGAGCUCAUGAAGUUGUUGGGCGGAAGCACCGUGGUCAACGAUAUGCAGAUCAAGUACACUGCAAAAGAGGUUGAUGCCAUCAUGAAGGAAGUGGACCUCAAUGGCGAUGGCAAGAUCGACUUCGAGGAGUUCAUGGCCAUGAUGCGGAAGAUGCCCAAGGACCGGAAGGCCAUCAUCGGCAUCGGCUUGGGCUCGCCUUCCAAGCCGAAGCCAUAGGCGUCAUAGGCUUCGGCGUCGGGUAAGGCUCUCAACACCCCCUUCCGGAUUCUGUGUGUUGCACCGACACGAGUUGGCGAGUUCCGGCUUGUUUUGGGCAAAGGCCCAUGGGAUUAUGAGUCGACCUUGUG